UUAGAAUUACCAAAGCCAAAGAGGAUAUCCAGGGUGGAGUCGUUGCGAAAUUUAUUCCGAAGCACCGAGCGUAAUAUUUUAAACAGCGACAUGUCGAGGAACCUGACGAUAGAGGAAGAAGAAGACGUCACCUGCCUCGGCCAUUACACUAUGGAAAAAGCUCUCAGCGAGGGUGCGAUAAAGACCGGAGCCUUUAAAGCCCCGAGCGACGGUCUAAAGACACUCGAUCGCAACAUGCACCUUCACGAAAAGAAGAAACAGCUCAGUCGCAGCAUCCACGACCUCCAGGAGCACCAGCGCGUUCUGGAUUACAUCCUGAAGAACCAGGAUUUACUCAAAAC